UCUUGGACAAACAAUCACUUUAACAGAAUGAAAUUUACCACGAGUUCGCUUUCCGUUUCCCAUCAAAAUAUUGUAUCAACGAGAAGGAUAGAUGAACGUAAAUAUAACAGGAUCAACUAAAAUACCCAGUUAUUUUGCAUAUCAAGGAAAAUUUGGCAGCGUGAAUCGGGAGAAAACUGAGUCGUAAAUCGGUCGAAAUUCGUUUCAAAUUCUAGGUUCUAAUAUGAUGAUUAACAAACAACAGGCUGUUGUUGAUGGAUCAAUUGAACCUGGUGGGCAUCAAUCAAGGCUAGGAAUGGUUACUACCAUUAGAUCUGGUGAGAAAGACGCCCAAAUGUUCAAUUCUCAUAUAAAAUUGAGGGAAAGGGGAAAUCGAUUGGAUAUGGAAUCAAUGAAUAACCAAUUUUUUUGUGCAUCUGGUGAUGGAAACUCCAGGGAUGAUAACCAAUCUGAUGGUAUGAAUAUUGAUGAUUCCAUGCAUGUGCAAAGGGGUCCUGCUCAUCCAAACUCAAGGUCUCCUCAUAACGAUACGACAAGGGCAACAUCGUAUAGAGAUGCUUUUUUAAACUCAGAGGCGAGAUGGAGGAAUUGGUUCCAGGAAUGGGGCAUGAAAGAAUUAUAAUUGGAAUUGGAGGGGACUUCUGCUUCUUCUCCGGCUGAUGUAGAAGUGGACGAUGGGAUCCCAUCUAUCAAUUUGGAUAUUGAAACUCAAAAGCGAAUUAUCCAACCGUGGAAAUACUGUCUAAUCGGUAAAGUUGUGGGGAAAACGGUACUGUUAACUCUGCAAUUACAGAAGAAAGCUUUGGUCCGUGGAUGUUGGUAGAAAAGAAGAAGAAUAAAAUUAGAGUGGUUGGUGCUCAUGUGGCUAACCAGAAGGUGCAGGAUAACAGUAAAGGGGUGACGAACAGAUUUGCUUCUCUUGAUGAGCAAAAUUCAUUUGACCAGACUGAUCUCAAUGUUGCUCAUCAAAGGUCAAUUAAUGCUCAGAAUAACAAUAGUUGUAACUUUAAUGGUGCCAUGCAUGGUGGGAAUUAUGAAGGGUUUACAAAGAAGUUACAAAAUAAGGAGGUUAAUGAUAAUAAUAGUGGUAUUGGUAAUAAAGGGGUAGUUCAAGCAUCAUUAAGGAAGAGUUUUAACCAUAAGAAUAUCAAUACCACUAACAAAGGAAGUGGGAAAGGUAUUAAUGGUGGGCAAUUUAAUGAUCAGAUGCCUAUAUGUAAGGGUAAAGGAAUAAUGCAAGCAUCAACAAGUGUUAGCAACAACCAGGAAAAUGGAAGAAAGCAGCCAACGGAUUCAAAUGUUUUCAAGAGUUUGUCUAGAGCCAUUGGAGGUGCAGUGGAGGGUAGAGGAUUUUCUAGUGAGGCGAGCACAGGAAGAACUUCAGGCAAUGCAGAAUCAUCUGACAGAGAUAAUAAUAGAACAAAUCUCAAGGGUGGAUAUCAAACUGCAACUAAUGGAAGACAUUGCUCGGAUGAGAAGUCAGUUGAAUCAUGUAUUACCAAUAGUAGUACAUACACAAGAGCAGAUGGACUGGAGUUUAUUUUUGGACAGAAUCCAUCAAACUCUGAUUCCAUUAAGAAUCUCACCUUCAAGUUGGACACACAUGGACCGGAGGAGUUUCUAAACCAUGGAAAGGAAGAACUAGAAUGCGUGUCAAGGAUGUGGCAAGAAUCAACAACGCUGGAGGUGGAACUGGCCCCAAUGGUGGAAACCCCAGCUCUUGUAAAAAGCCCAAGUGAUAUAUUGAAGUUCGAGAUGCACUUCACUACACAUUUGGAUGCAGAGAUGUUAUACCAAAGACAGUUCAAGACCAGGUUCAAUCCAUUAUUGGAGUUGAACAAAGCAGCAGUAGCAAGGAGAAUGGAAAUGCAAGUUCCUAGAGGUCCUUCUCGGUCCGUUUCGAUACCCAAAUGUUUUAAUAAUUUAUCGAUGAAGAUCUUAGUGCGGAACUGUAGGGGUGCUGCUAGACUCUCUUUCAUAAGUGUGAUGAAGAAAUUGAUUAAGAGACAUAAGCCAACCAUUGUGGAUUUACUCGAAACCAAAGUGCUUUCCUCCCAUGCGGUACGCAUUGUCAGACAAUUGGGUCCGUUUGAGUCUAUUUUGGUUGAUCCUGAAGGAUUCUCUGGGAGAAUGUGCUUGAUGUGGAAUCCGGAUGAGGUAGAUAUUCAGACUACUAAGAAGUCGAGGUGGGCUGCUCAUGCUGUGGUUACGGCUAAGCUUCAAAGUCCGUGGAUUCUAUCCACCAUUAUGGAAGUACCAAUAAGGCUAACAGAAAGAGGGUGUGGAGUGAACUUCAAGCUGUGUAUGACAUUCCUAACUCUGAGUGGAUGGUAACGGGUGAUCUUAAUACUAUUGGUGGAACUCAGGUGGAAGAAGUCCUUCUACUAGCUAACUUACUGAGCUAAGAGAUGUUAUGGAUAAUUGUGCGCUUAUUGAAUUAGGUUUCAGUGGUCCUAAAUUUACUUGGAAUAACAAGCGUGUCGGAGCUGCUAAUAUUAAGGAAAGACUGGAUAGAGCUGUAGCCAACUCAAGCUGGAUCAACAGAUUCAACAAGGUUCAGGUAACUCAUUUCUCUUAUUUUAAUUAAGAUCACAUAGCUAUUCUCAUUGAUUUAGAUCCUAAAACUAGGUUUAAACCUAGACCUUUUAGGUUCGAGGCCAUGUGGGAAGAGGAUCCUAGGUAUAGUGAUGUUGUUGAAAAGAACUGGAGUACUAAUACGGGUGGUAAUGUCAGUAAUAACUUUUUUAACAAUAUUACUAAGAUUCAAGUGGAAUCUAAAAAGUGGAAUAAAAAUGUUUUUGGUGAUAUUCAAACCCAAAUAGUUGAUGCCCGGGAGAAGCUUAGAAAGGCCCAGAAUGAGUUUGAUUCGUGGCCUUCUGAUUGUGCCAGAGUUAAAAUUAAUGACUGUCUUAUUGAUUAUAUCAAACUUCUGAAACUUGAAGAGACCUUUUGGAGACAAAAAUCUAGAAUUUCUUGGCUUAAAGAAGGUGAUUUAAAUACUAGAUUUUUUCAUACCUCCACCCUUGUUAGGAGAAAAAGAAAUUCUAUCGUUAUGCUUAAGAAUGAUAAUGGUGAGUGGGUUAAUGAUGCUAAUGAUAUUGAAUCAGUCAUAAUCAAUCAUUUUAACAGUCUGUUUACUUCUACUAAUUCUGUUAUGUGUGAUAGGGAUCUAAGAUCUCUUUUUCCGAAUGUGAUUACUUCUGAUGAGAACGAUUUUCUCACUAGCGAGGUGACUGAUAAGGAGAUUAAGAUUGCUAUGAAAAACUUAGGGCCUCUUAAAGCCCCCGGGCCUGACGGUCUCCAAGGUAUUUUCUAUACAAAGUACUGGAAACAUGUAGGCUCUAGUGUCAUUGCUCUUGUUAAAAAUUUCUUUCAGAAUGGCGAGCUAGAUGCUAGACUGAACAAAACCUAUAUUGCUCUGAUUCCCAAGGUGAGUAAUCCUACCCCUGUUAAAGAGUAUAGGCCUAUUAGUUUGUGUAAUUUUAGUAUGAAGAUUAUUACUAAAAUUAUCACGAAUAGAUUAAGACCCAUCCUUGGAAAAAUUGUCUCGCAUAAUCAGCAUGCUUUUAUCCCAGGUAGAUCCUUGUUUGACUCUGCUGUUAUUUGUAAUGAAAUUAUCCAUUCUUUCAAGUCUAAAAAGGGAGCUAAAGGAUGGAUGGCCCUAAAGCUUGACUUUGAUAAAGCCUAUGAUAGGAUAAGUUGGGAAUUUAUUCAUAAAAUCUUGCAUUUCACAGGUUUUAACCAUCAAUUCAUUGACUGGAUUAUGAAAUGUGUUACUUCUGUGUCUUUUCAAGUUCUUAUUAAUGGUUCUCCAAGCUCUAGUUUGUCUCCUACUAAUGGUUUGAGGAAAGGGGACCCUCUGUCCCCUUAUCUUUUUAUCUUAUGUCUUGAAAUUUUGACUAGGUUGUUGAAUAAAGGCAUAAAUGAUAACUCUAUCUGGUUUUAAUGCUGCGAGGGGUGCUCCCCAAAUCACCUAUUCUUUGUUUGCUGACGACAGUAUCAUUUUUUUGAAGGCUUCUUACAAAAAUGCUGUAAAUCUCAGAGUGCUGUUAGAUAAGUUUUACGACUGGACUGAACAACGUAUUAAUGAUAGUAAGUCUACCUUACUUACUUCCUCCAACUUGGGAAGAAGUUUUACUAGAGGCAUGACCAAUGCUCUUAGAGUGCAAGUUUUCACUAAUCCUGGUAAGUACCUUGGUAUUCCUUUGCAAUGGGGUAUAAUAAGUGAGAAAACUUUUAGUGAGAUUGUUGAAAAAGUUGGAAAUAGGAUGCAAGGUUGUAAAUCUAGAAAUCUUAGUCUUGAUGGUAGGUUCACUAAGAUUACCUCUACAAUUGACCCAGUGACUUAUCAUGUUAUGUCUAUGGUUAAACUUCCUAAAGGUCUGAUUAGUAAAAUAGAUAAAUAUAGAAGAAAUUUCCUAUGGGGAGGUGAUAAAGAUAAAAUAAGUAUACAUAAUGUCAAGUGGUCAACUGUUUGCAAUUCUAAAGACCUAGGAGGAAUAGGUAUUAAAGACCUGGAGCUAAGCAACUUAGCUUUCUUGCCAGAAUGGCCUGGAAAGUGCAUUAUAAUCGUGAUUGCACCAUGGCUAAACUGUUAGAGGCUAAGUAUUUCAAAAACCAGAACUUCGGGAUGUUGAUGCUAAAUCUUCCUCUUGUCUUUGCUGGAGGAGUAUAGUCAAAGGUAGGAAUGCCAUUAAGAAUAGUGUGCAAUGGAGUAUUGGAAAUGGUUCUACUGUGGAUUUCUGGAGGGAUCCAUGGAUAUCUAAUAGAUCUAUCACUUCGAUAUCUCAACUAGAUGAAAAUAGGCUUCCUAGAGAAUCUUGUAGCGAAUACAUGGAUUCUGAGAGACUAGAUUGGGAUACUGGAAAACUUGCUAUGAGGAGCAAUAAUAAAACAUUUUGAGAUUAUGAUUACUAUGAGGAGCUAAAACCCAACACUGGGACGACGGAGGAGGCCAAACUUCAUACUU